UAUUCAUUGCAAAUGGCGCACAGAUCACAUUUGUUUUUAUAUGAACGUUUUCUUUUUAUUUUUUUUUAAUUUAAACAAUGUUGUAAUCAUAAUAAGGUGUGUAAAGUUAGUAAUUUGACCAUCAUUUAGUGAUAGUAGAUAAUAAUUACUUGAUAAUUAUUUUGUAUUUAUUGUAAAUAUGCCGGUAAAUAAGUUACAAAUUUGACGCAUCAUAGUGAAUGACGUGGAUAUAGGUUAGGUUUUUAUCAUAUUUGAGAAACAUUUGUGCUGUCAAAGAAUCAAGUGAAAAUAAAUAUUUUUCACUUUAUGUGUUAAUUAAAAACUCCUAUUGAACUGUGAGAAAUAAUUUUCUAAAUAUGUUCGAGAUAUCGGAUACGCAAAAAAUUGGAGUCGGACUUGCUGGAUUUGGCAUUGCUUUUCUCUUCCUAGGAGUAUUACUAUUAUUUGACAAAGGACUUUUGGCAAUUGGAAAUCUCCUGUUUAUUUGUGGACUAGGAUGUGUAAUUGGACCUAGAAGGACAUUUAGCUUCUUUUUCCAGAGGCAUAAAAUAAAAGGAAGUGCAUCAUUUUUAGGAGGCAUAAUUAUUGUCUUGAUGGGAUGGCCCUUAGUGGGCAUGAUCGUCGAAACAUAUGGAUUCAUUGUUCUAUUCAGUGGAUUUUUGCCAGUGGCUGUAAACUUUUUAAGGAGAGUGCCAAUCUUAGGAACGUUUUUAAACAUGCCAGGGAUCAAUCGAAUAAUGGUCUUUCUAGCAGGCGAUUCAAAUAGGACAACUGUAUGACCUUUUGUAAUUAUGAAUUAAUUGCCAUUCCUCAAUUGCUGUACAUACACUUUUUCGUUUCAUUUCAUCCAUUUUUAUUUUUAAUUUUUUUUAAGUUAUCUAUCUUGGUUUCGUAUUAUCACUGCUCUUAAAAAAGACAUCAUUCCUUUCUUUAUUCUUCUCUAGGUCGAAAAAAAAUUCUGUUAGACUUAAUGUUUGUAUAAAUAAAAUGCAUACCAAUUAUUACAAAA